AGCCCUCAAACCUCUCCGUCUCCGUUGCUAGGCCUCAAAUCCUUCCUGUUGAAGAUGUCGAAGCGAGGACGCGGAGGCAGCGCCGGAAAUAAGUUUCGGAUGUCGCUGGGUCUUCCUGUUGCAGCAACAGUGAACUGUGCUGAUAACACUGGUGCGAAGAAUCUUUAUAUCAUCUCUGUAAAGGGGAUCAAGGGGCGCCUCAAUCGCCUCCCAUCCGCCUGUGUUGGUGACAUGGUUAUGGCUACCGUCAAGAAGGGAAAGCCCGAUCUCAGAAAAAAGGUCAUGCCCGCUGUCAUCGUACGACAGCGCAAGCCUUGGCGCCGAAAGGAUGGAGUCUACAUGUAUUUUGAAGAUAAUGCUGGUGUGAUUGUGAAUCCGAAGGGAGAAAUGAAGGGUUCUGCAAUUACUGGACCUAUUGGAAAGGAAUGCGCGGAUUUGUGGCCCAGAAUUGCUAGCGCUGCUAAUGCAAUUGUUUAGUUAUUUUUAUCAAUGAAACAUUCUGGUGCUUUAAUUGAAGUUUUAAACUGUUCCACAGGACAACCAUGUUUCUUUCUAAACUCGCUGUACCAUUGAUUUUUCAAUAGCAAAAUCGGGGCAUCUAUGGCUUAAUAGAUGCUAUUUAUAUGGGAAA